UUAUAAUUAACAUAAAUAUGAACUUGCUCCAGAAAAAGAAGAAAGCCAAGCACUUCAAGGAGGAUGAAGACGAUGAUCUGGGUGGCAACAUGGCAGCACUAGAAGAAAUGGGUGAAGUAGGCCGACCAGACUGGAUGGAAUCCGCCAGCUCUGAUGACGGCAAAUUAAUGGAUAAUCGGAACAAUUUUGAUCUUGGCCGCCCACCUUCUCCAUCUGUUGAUAGUGAAGAGGAAGAAGAAGUGAUGGAGCAAAAGCCUCCACCAAAGGCUAUUGACCGGACAGGGUCCAAGUAUUUCAGAGAGAGUAAUAAUAUUAAUGCAGCAGAGAUCAUCUCGGAUGACGACGAUGAUGAAGAUUUUGAAGCAGAUCUUAAGGCUGCUCAACAACAAAUGAAGCAAAAGGCUGCUAAAAUUGCAAAUCCUGUAAACAAUGAAUUUGGAGAGGAAAACAUGAAAGAGCCUGGAAUUGUAAAUCAAGUAGCUUUGGCUCACCAGAAGUAUAAUACUUCAGAGAACAUGAUUGGAGGUGCAGAAAACUCUGCCAGAAAGAAGAAAAAGAAAAAGAAGAAAAAGAACAUCAUUAAUAACACAGCAGUAGUUGAAGGGGAUAACUAUGAUUUAAACAUCAAUGGGAAUGUCCCUCAAGCCUAUCCUGGUGAUGGCGAGUUUGACCAAGAUUAUCUUAAUCCAUCCCAAGAGAAGGCUAAAAAGAAGAAAAAGAAAGGGAAGAAUAUUGGUAAAACAAUGAUUAAUGAUCCUUUGGCCUCAGAUCUAGCACAAGAAGCACAUCAUAAUCUCUACGAUCAAGCUAGGCAAAAUGCAGAAGAACUUAAGAAUGGUAUUGCCGAAGCCAGUGAGGAUGACUCUGACCUUGAAAGCAAGCUCAACAGGCUCAAAGACCAAAGCGACGAUGAUAUUGGCUCUAGUGUCAUGAGAGGUCCAGUGGUGGCAACACAUCCUGAACAAAUGAACCCUGGCGUUGAGAGUCACCAUGCAGAGAGGCCUCAGCCAGUCGCGAAUGCACAAGCCAGUCAGUCUGCCGUACCACAAGACGAUGGUGAAGCCAUUUUGAAGGCGACGUUUCCAGAUUUGGAUGACGAUCAGAUAAAGACAUUUUACGAAAUGACAGGCAAAGACGUGCACAAAGCAAAGCAGAUAAUUAACCAGCAACUGGGGAUCUUUACUGAAGAAGAUCAAGAUCAGCUUCAAGGCGUUGAUCCAAAUGAUGUUGAAUUUAAUCUUUUGGCAGGACAGAUGGAUCCUAAUGCGAUAACAGAAGAAGAACGAAAGAUGAUUGAGCAAGCGAUUCGAGAUUCAGAGGGUCCCAGAGAUGUAGUACCUCAAGGUGUCCAUGCAGUUAAUCGUAGGCAAAUGGCUCAACAUGCCCAACACGCUCAAGCUCAGGCCCAAAAGCUUGCUGACCCUGCUCAAUAUGUUGAAGGUGACAGUACUUCAAGUCGAAAAGAUAAAAUAAAGAAUGCGAAGAGAAACGAGAAGGUUAAGAAAGGGGGCAAUCAGUGUUGAUCAAUAUUCUAA